AUGAACGGGGAAAUAGAAGUUUCAGAAACGCCUAAUUGGUUAAACGAGCUCGAAGAGAAGCGAGAGAAACGAUUAAAAGCCAAAUUGGGCCAUGAAGCAGGAGCUGGGGCUCCAUGCCUAAAAUGCGGCGACAAAUGUCCAGGAUUGGAUCUUCAUUUUUGGAGAAAGUGCUGCAAAAUCUGCAAAUGCUCGAAGGAAGAGCACGAAGUUCCAGACGACGAUAUUUACGGAUGGGCCCAAUUCCAGCUACUCGGUAGUAGACCCAAUAAAAUCAAAAAGAAAAUACUAUUGCCCGGCAAAAAGGACGAAAUCGACCUGGAAUGGGCGCCGAAAGGCCACAACGACACCAUCGACAAAUACCUCAAGACCCUGCCGCCCGACCAGCUCCCGAUCAAAGGCUCCGAAGCGGCGCAGAGCCGCAGGCGGCUCCUCCACAAGCAGAUCCCCAUCCACGACGUCGAUCCGGCGCUCUGCCACGACCUCACCGACGACGAAUUGAGCAAGAUGAACGAGUACAUAGCGCACGUGCGCCAAUCGAGCGCCGGCGUCGGCCGCAUCGUCAGCCUGUCGAGCAUCAUCCGGGGCAAGUUGCACGCGCUGAACCCCGCCGAGGCCGCCCUGAUGGCCGGCCGAUACGCCGAAGGGGCGCCCGUCUCCGAAAUCGUCCGGUUACAGGGCAGUAACAGGACCGGCUCGUUGAACGGCACCUUGGAGAAGCUGACGUUGAGGAACAAGAAUUUGCAGCGGAUGGUGCCGAACGUUUCGAACAACAUCGAGGACGUUGCGAAUCCUAUAACAGGCGUUAGAGUCCACGUGAAGGAUUACCCCGUGUACGGUAGUAACGAUGAUAGGUGCAUGCAGAACGUUCGGUAUUCCUCUAAGCUUCGAUCGAAGAAUCAUCCGAUCGACCGGAUGUCCGAUGGAAACUCGAAUUUCGAUUCCGAGAACGUUCCCGGCUCGAAUGCGGCUUCGUCGUUGAGCAAAACCCCGUUGGAGUACAAUUCGGAGAGCAGCGCCUUCGUGCCCUAUCACAAGCAGCCGAUUGCGACUAAUCUCACGAAGCCGAGCUACUCCGAGGCGCUUCCCGCGGACGGUAACGAGCAGAUUUACGAGAACGUCGAGGAGCUGAAGAGGGCCGGACGUUUGCCGAAUUACGCCGCCGGGAAAUUCGACACGUUCGCCGACGUUCAAAAUCCUACUAACAUUCCCAGGAACGUUAAAGAUUUCGCGUUCGGUACGUACGAAGCGCCGCCCGACGAUCGCGAGCUCGCGCAGCACGACGAGACCGCUUCUAGUUCGAACGGAUUCAGACCGAUAGAGACUUUGAGUACGGCCGCGUCGGGUCGAUUAGAGCCCGUUAGUCCGAGCGUCGUGCGCGGAGAGCGGAGCGGAGACAACGGGAGUCCAAACUACCAGAAAUUCGGGCGCGAUUCGGCCGUAAAUCGCGGCGAAAACGCGCCGCGGGAUCGUAGUAACGAAGCGUUAAGAUCGAACAAGAAGCUGUCGGAGUUUCGACCGAUCGAUCGGCGAGCGAACGAAGAGGACUCGCUGGAACCGACGUUCGUCAAUAUCGGAUCGAUACGGGAUAUAGAUUAUCCGGAGAUCGAAACGGCCGCCGGCGAAUCGGGCGAUUUCUACGAGGAAUACAGCCCGGACAGCAUCAGGGAGAUCAUGAACAACAUCACCCUGCCCGAUUGCCAUCGGUGCAAGAAGCCGUUCGAAGAGAACGAAUUCGCCGUCGCCAUCGACAGGGCGGAGGCGCUCUUCCACGCCGGCUGUUUCAAGUGCGCCGGUUGCGAUCAGAUCCUCGCCGACAACGUGUAUUUCUACCACCGGGAGAGCGACAACGUGUACUGCCUGCGCGAUUACGCGAAGAUCCGGGGGUUCCCGCGGUGCAAGGCCUGCGACGAGUUGAUCUUCACCAAGGAGUACUGCCUGGCGGAGAAUUGCACGUUUCAUUUGAAGCAUUUCUGUUGCACCGAGUGCGACGUGCCGCUGGCCGGUAGGGAUUAUUUGCUGGAGGAGGAGAUGCCCUACUGUUUGCCGUGCUACGAGCAGAACAAGGCGAGCAAGUGUAACGGGUGUGGGAGGGUGAUUAAGCCCGACGAGGUGGGGUGUACUUUGAACGGGGUGCAUUUCCACGCGACGGAGGAUUGCGUGGCUUGUAAGGUGUGUGGGGCUCCGUUGAUCGGGAAGAAGAUUUUGUUGCGUAACGAUCGGUUGUAUUGUUCGCACGAGUGCUUCGGUGCUGAUGGGUGA